AUGGAAAACUACACCCUGAACAGUUUCACCCUCCAGAUGGAGGGAUUGAAGGUGACUGAGGUUUCUGUUUACCCUGUCUUUUUCUUUUUCCUCCUCUUCUAUCUCAUUAUCAUGACGGUCAACAUUGGCAUAGUAGUCCUGGUUUUCAUUGACAAAAGCCUUCAUCAGCCCAUGUACCUUCUCUUCUGCAACCUGCCUGUUAAUGACCUUAUUGGGAAUUCUAUCAUGGUUCCCCGUCUGCUGGUAGAUAUCCUGCAGCCUCCGUCUGAGCGUCUCAUCAGUUAUUAUGAGUGUGUGGUUCAAGCUUUCAGUACACACAUGUUCGGCACCACGUCCCACACUGUCCUCAUGAUCAUGGCUUUUGAUCGAUACGUGGCCAUCUGCAAUCCUCUGCGCUACGGAGCCAUAAUGACCAACAGGAUGGUGGUGAAGCUGACGGUGUCUGCCUGGGGAGUCGCCUUCCUUCUGGUCGGGGUUCUGCUUGGUCUGACCCUCCGACUGAACCGAUGCAGGACUCUGAUCACUAAUCCGUUCUGUGACAACGCCUCUCUGUUCAAACUCUCCUGUGAGAGUGUGGUCAUCAACAACAUCUAUGGCCUCACUUUCACCGUGUUUCUGUUCUCAGCUUCUAUCGGCAGCAUGGUUAUCACCUACACUAAGAUCACAGUAGUGUGUCUGACCAGCAGGAACAAGUCUCUGAACAGUAAAGCCUUGAAGACCUGCAGCACUCAUCUGGUCUUGUAUCUGAUAAUGUUGCUCACUGGAUUUAUUGUCAUCACUCUGCAUCGUUUCCCUCAGUACUCAGACUACAGGAAACUGUGCGCCAUUUUGUUUCACAUCAUCCCCGGCAGCCUCAACCCCAUCAUCUACGGAGUUCAGUCAAAAGAGAUUCGAAACUACUUGUCAAAGUUGUUCCAGUCCAAAAAGGCUGUGUCACCUCUUUAAUGGAAACAAAGUUUUCCCAUUGAUUUGAUGAGAAAUGUGCUGUUCUUUGUUUUAAAUUCACACAUUGUUUCAUUAACCUGUUACUGGUCCAGAUGUGCUCAGAGACAUUUCUAACCUUCAACUGCCCUGUUGAUUAUGAGAGUGUUAGGGUCACCCAUAAGAAAAAAUGGGCCACCGGCUUAGGAAAAAAUCUAAAUUCAUUGUUGAGAAAAAAGUAGACCUUCAAACCGGCAGCUCCGUAUGCGUAUGGUACCGCGAUACUCCGUGGAAGAGUAUUGGGCCUUAAAUAAUAAUUAAUAGUAAGAAUUUAAACUUGCAUUGUGAUUCAUUUUUCAGUUAUAUUGCUGAUAUAUUAUGUUGGACUGUUGCAUGUCAACAGUUGCCUAGAUAUGGUCA